AUGGUAGUGCUGAAAGUACUUCCAUCGGAUGCCAGAUCUGAUGGCCCCCAAGCUGCGGUGGGUGCUGUGGAUGUGACAAAGGGUACUGACGGUCAAACGACCGUGAAAAUCGAUGCGACAGAUGGCGCCGACGGUCAAAUGACCGUGGAAGUCGAUCCGAAUCUCUCGGAUGUAGCGAGUGUUGGGGGCGGUUCGUCGAUUGGCGACUCCGUCUUCAGCCUCGAACAACUGUUUGAGGAGGUUCGGGCCGAUCACGACUUGGGCGCUGAAAUAGCGCAUGCGAAGGCGGCUUCCGCCAAUCUGUUGCUCCGUCUGGAACAAGACGGAGCUGAUAUCGUCCUGAUCCAGGAACCGUGGCUGACUGAUAACGGGAUCUCUGGAUUGAGGACAAAGAGCCAUAGGCUCCUGAUGGCCAAGGAUGCAGGUAGGAACAGAGCCUGUAUGCUGGUAAGGAAUGAAUUAACGGUAUUUCUUUUACCUAAUUUCAGCAGCGCUGACAUAGUGACAGCGAAACUGGAGUGUGACACCGGAGAUUUCUGGCUUAUCUCCGCAUACAUGCCACACGAUGAUGUGGUGGAGCCACCUCCCUUACUGCUGAGGAGGACCUUAGCCGAAGCGUCUAAGAUUGGCACUGGCGUCAUUAUCGGUUCCGACGCUACCUCGCGGCAUCAGAUCUGGGGAAACUCGGAUAGUAACAGUAGAGGCGAAUCGCUUUUUGAUUUCAUUAUUGGCGAAGAUCUUCGCAUUUGUAAUAGAGGAAACACUCCUACUUUUGUGACCGCAGGCAGGGAGGAGGUUCUCAAUCUCACCUUAACCUCACAAGCGAUUGCCCCGCUGAUCUCGAACUGGAGGGUCCUCGACGAUCACUCCUUUUCGGAUCUCAAGUACAUCGAGUUUAGUCUAAUCGGAGAAGGUCUGCUUAGGAAAUCUUUUAGGAACCCUUGGAACACAGAUUUGGAGGGUUACCGCAGGAGGCUUUGA